AUGGCGACACCCAAGCGAGGUAUCCGAUCCACCCGGAAGCUGCGAGACUGGGUUGUGGAGCAGCUGGAGAGCGGGAUGUUUCCCGGCGUGGUCUGGGAUGAUCCCCCAGACAAAACCAUGUUCCGCAUCCCGUGGAAACACGCCGGGAAGCAAGAGUUCCGCCAGGAAGAAGACGCCGGUUUUUUCAAGGCGUGGGCCAUCUAUAAAGGAAAGCACAGGCCGGGGGAUUGCAGCGUAGCAGCUUGGAAGACACGCAUGCGCUGUGCUUUGAGCAAAAGCCCCGAGUUCGAGGAGAUGCCAGCAUGCUCCCGGAUGGAUAUCACAGAGCCUUACAAAGUGUAUCGCUUGGUACCAGCCUCGGAGCAGGCUGUGGUUAAGCAACCUAGAGCCCAGAAAACAAAGCCGGUAAAAGUAAAGGGUUCCAACAACUCUAAGGAGUGUGCAAGUCCCAGUGACUGGAUCCCGCAGCCAGCUGAUUCUCUUUCACUGCCGACAGUGGUGGAGACUUCUACCCCAGAAGCCAUGGUGAGCCACGGGUCCAGUGAUUUCUACGCUUUCACCUACCAGGGCGGGGAAGUCAGUCCUCAGGCCGGUGAAGCAGGUGGGGGAAUUCACAUUGCCUUGUUGUCCUUUCUCUCUUUCGUCUUUUCAGCACCCGACAUGAACGAGAUCAUCCUCAUCUUGCCUGAUUCCAGCCUCACCCUCAGUGCUCCUGCUAGACCAACAGAGGAAUUCUCCCUUUGCUUGUCCAUUUCCUACUUCGGCGAGCUGAUCCAGAAAUGCUUGCUCCCCGAAGGCGAAUUUCUGAUUACAUCUGUCGCCGCUUUGCCGGAUGGGCCAGCUAACUGCAUGAAUCGAAUAGUUCUGCCGCCCCCGGUUAAUAUAGCCGAUUCUCCAAAGCAGGAAGCUGUUCAGCGCUUGCUGAAGGACCUGGAAAAAGGUGUCAUGGUUGCCAGUAACCAUGAAGGAAUAUUCAUUCAGUGCCGGGGCACGGUCUGCAUCUCCUGGUGGGGCUUCCAGGCAACCGAGGGGCAGAGAAGGCUGGAGAAUAAUGCUUACCUGCAAAUGUUCAAGCCCAGAGAAUUCCGAGCAGCAAUGGAGCAGUACCAUCGGGGCCUUGCGCCUCUCCCGGAUCACCAGAUUGUCCUCUCUGUAGGAGACACACUGGAAGGAAAUAAAAAUAUGGACUGCAAGCCCAUCGUCAUUCAGAUGGAACAGGCAUUUGCUCUUCGGCUGCUCUGCCCCGUUUCCUCCUCCCUGUAGCAGAGACGGUUUCCUUUGUCUCUACCUCGUCUGCAGAAAACAUGACCUGAGAAUUUACAGCUUUUGAUUCCUGCCUUCUCCUGAGGAU